AUGGCCUCAGUAAGAUUCCUACGGCUCAUGAGCUUGCUGAUCUUGGGUGUCUGGGCUUUCCAGGCCUCGGCAUCCCGCAGACUCGGCGGGGUCCCCGUGUCGGAGAUGCAUGAGCGCUGGAUGUCCCAGCACGGGAGAGUUUACAAGAACGAAGCAGAGAAGGCGCAUCGCCUUGCCACAUUCAAGACCAACAAGGAACUCAUAGAGUCGUUCAAUGCUGGGGACCACAAAUUUAAGCUUGGGAUUAACCAGUUCGCAGACCUCACCAACGACGAAUACAACGAAGCCUGCAGUGGGUUCAAUCCUCCGUUGAUGACCGCGGUGAAAGCAGCGAAAGGGUUCAUGUACGAGAACGUUAACGACGUGCCUUCGGGUGUGGAUUGGAGGACAAGAGGCGCGGUCACUCCUAUCAAGCAUCAAGGGCACUGCGGAAACAUUUUUCAGUACGCUGAGGGUACUUGCUUUACUCGUACAUAUUGA